CUCGACCCAAUCAGCUGUUAGCGAGGUCAGCCCCGGGAUUCCUGGCUGAGAAAGAUGUCAAUUCUCUGGUUGAACGACUGUCCUGGCUAAAAUUAUGACUAAUUCAGAUUUUGCCGACCAGACCCCAGGUUUGAUUGAGUAGAAUCCCGGGACGAAAUGGAGGACACCAACCCUGACGAGAAGGACGAAUCAAAGUCCUUCAACAGAAAAUCAAUAUCGAUCUUGAACAAUUUCUUCGGAUAAACGACGUCAGAAUCGAUCAUGAUGGCGAAGGUACAGAAACCACCAAGUCUCCUUGACUAUAAGGAUUUCUCGCCGGGUACGAAAUUGCUCCCGAGUCUUCCGGUCGAUGAGAAAACAACGACGUAUCGAUUUGUUCGGACCCACACGAGGCCGCCGGGGGCCUCGUUCAGUGACCCCAUCAGAUCAGACGCCAGCACCCUAUCCCUUCCGAAAAUACAAAACGGAAAGUUUCGUUUUCGAAGCGAGCAGGACUUGUCCUUGGUGAAGGCGGCCUCCUUGGUUGUUGAUAAGUCGGACCAGACUGCCACGGUCGUCCAGAAGGCGUUAAAAUCUCAAACGAGUGAGAAUUUGGAGUUAGGAGAUGAUCUGGGGGAGUCGGUUGACCUGCCUCACGAGACAAAACACACCGCGCCAGCGCACUUGCCGAAAAAAUUAUACCGGGUCGUGGAUUGGAAGGAGACCAUCGGAUACGGGACAUUUGGUGAUGUUUAUCGUGCAUACUGGCACGAAGGGCAAAAGGACAUCGCGAUAAAAAUCGUAAAACUGAGCCGUGAUUCUGACUUGGAGAACUAUAAACGGGAGAUAAAGAUUUGGCGGGAUUUGCGACAUACUUUGUUGCUGCGAUUGUAUAAGUAUUAUCUCCAUACUCCAACGGCGACGGUGUAUAUGUUUAUGGAGUUAGCCAAACACGGAUCUUUGUACGACCAUAUCGAGCGAACACGUAAAGACGGAAAUACAAUAGAACUACAUGAUGUUAUAAACUGGGCAAGCGACAUCUUACAGGCCUUAUCGUACCUCCACGACAGAAACAUCGCCCACCGCGACUUAAAAUCACCAAACGUCGUCCUGUGUGAUUCGCACGUCAGAAAAAAUCUCCGCGCAAAAGUUUGCGAUUUUGGCACGUCGCGGAUUAUCGAUCAUACAACACAAGCGACCGGGAUGAUCGGCAGUACGCGCUGGAUGGCACCGGAGAUUAUGCGCGGUGAGAAAUACAACGUCAAGUGCGACAUUUACUCUUUCGGCGUGCUGCUCUGGGAGAUGCUGACAAGCCAAGUGCCGUUUCAAAACAAGACUAACCCGUACGCCCUCAUGUGGUCGGUGUUGGAACUGGAUGAGCGACCGCCGAUGCCUGAUAUGGCCGAUUGGACGGUGACAAGGCGUUAUUUGAUGACGCAUGUGGUCGAGGCUUGUUGGGUGGGGAAUACGGACAAGAGACCCUCGGCCAAGAAGCUGACUGAUAAACUGCUACAGUACAAAGACAUGUGAAUUGCUGGAAAUAGGUUCAGGCCAAAAGAACACGUAUUUUGUUGCUGGUGUCAUGGCCAACUGAAAAUGGAUGCAGGCUAAUUGGGGUUUUUUUAGAUGGAGGGGGUAAGCUGAUCUUGCCAAAAUCAAGCCACAAAUGGAAAAUAUCAUAUCUAUGAAAAUUUUUCAAUAGCAAAUGUUGUGAUUUAUCAUGAAAAGUGCAUCGUUGCGGUAUGUUGAGGAUUUAUUGUACUAUAAUUUCUUAGAGAGUGGCAAAUAGCUAGUUAGCAUAGUGUUUAGUUUCAAAAAAGAAAAAAAACUGCUGGCAGUUUAUAUUAUUUGUGUUCAAUAGAUCUAGAUAUCAUUUAUACAGUCUUAAAAAUAAAGGUUUUGAGCUUCUGAAAACCUAAGGGUUUUUCAGCCUACAAAAUAUGCGCCCCCUAGGUUUUUUGGGGGAAAUGAAAAUGCCUUUUCAGAAGGUCAAAACCUUCAUUUCUCAAGCUGGAGUUGGCUUGGAAAUAACCAAUAUUUGGGUUACUUGCAUGUACCCCUUCGAUUACAUUCUCAUUGGGAAAGUCAUUUAAGGUAUUUGAGAUAAAGUAAUUCAGGUGAGUGAUUUGCUAAUUAUUCCGUCCGGAUUGAAGAUACUUCCUUGUGCUAAACCAAAAUUUCUUGUCUUUUAAUUGGAAAAUUUGAAAUAUCAAACUGCUGAUAUGAAACCUGUGAUAAUUUUGUGUUCAUUUAGAUAGACUGUGUGCUAAAUCGCCAAGAUGAGAAUUAGAGAAUGGGGAGGUUUAGAAAGCACCUCGUUCGAUACGGUAGCAAACUCCUGAUAAAUCCCGUAGGUGGUGCUGCAGUCACUCUGAGUUCACUUCCGAGCCAUUAACAUUAUAGCAAGAAUUCUUAAUCAUGGUCAUUCCUAACUUAAGUUGAAAGUGUUAUGUCAAUAUUUCGUCAUGUUUAAACUUGCUGUCGACAAAAUUUCCUUCAGCAAACAUCAAACAUGACGUUUUUGUAAGGAGUUCUUUCUUUAAUUUAUCCAAUCUCUCCAUAUAUAUCUAACAUUGGAAAUUAACUCGCGCGUUUAUGAUAGAUUGAUGUGAAGAUAGUCAUAUAACACAAACUGUUACCAAGGAGAACUUCACAGCUCAUCAUUUAUGUCAUAAACAUGCGAUAUUCUCAAAAUCAUUUUAUAAACACCUUUCUAAAAUCGUAACUUUUUUAUUGGAAUUGGUCAACACCAAGUUGUUUUAAUUGGUCAAUUUCAUUUUAAGUGGUCGUGAUCCUUAAAAGUUUGAAGACAGUUUCAACUGGGGGAAGGUGGUGCUGCUUGUGAAGACGACAGAUAACGUGGUCGACCAUCCAGUGUUUGUUUCGCCAAUCAGCAACCAGCAAAGAGAAUAGCGAUGUAAUUACAGACCAGAUUGGCAUCCGUCCAUAUUUUGUGAUAUAGAGUGUAAUAUAAGAGUGAAUUAUUAUUAUUGUUUGUAACCUGCAUGAUAAUCAUUGUAGAGAGAUUCUAUGUAUACAGUAUGUUGUUUUGAAAUGUAAUAAAAGAUUGUAAUUU